UUCUCUUCCUUUAUGAAUCUUCCUACCCAUAUCUCAUUCAACACAUAUAUAUAUAAUAUAUGCAAGUCGUCACCAAUCUAACCUUCAAACAAUCCCAACGCACACCUCUAUUUUCUUAGUCACAAAACACACAAACACAAACUACAAGUUAGCACAACAACAAGACCUUACAAUCCAAAAGAGAACAAAAAUGGAUGGAAGCAGCUGCAUAGACGAUAGCACUACUAGUGAUUCCAUGAACGUAUCACCUUUGUCUCCGCUUUGCCGGGUUGGAAGUGGAAACAGCGGUGUGAUUUUGGAUACCGAAGCAGAAUCGAGGAAGCUCCCUUCUUCCAAGUACAAAGGCGUCGUUCCUCAACCCAACGGCCGAUGGGGUGCUCAGAUAUACGAGAAACACCAGCGUGUCUGGCUUGGAACUUUCAAUGAAGAAGACGAGGCUGCUAAAGCCUAUGACAUAGCGGCUCGAAGGUUUCGGGGUCGUGAUGCCGUGACCAACUUCAAACAGGCUGAAAAAACCGAGGGAGAUGACAUGGAAAUGGCCUUCUUGGAGUCACGUUCCAAGGCUGAAAUCGUUGACAUGUUGCGUAAGCAUACCUACAAUGACGAACUGGAGCAGAGUCGGAGGAGCUAUGGCUUGGAUGGGAAUGGGAAACGUGUGGUCAAAUACAACGCCGGAUUUGGUCCUUUUUCGUUUGGCCUUGGGCUGAAACCGCGUGAACAGCUUUUCGAAAAAGCUGUGACCCCAAGCGAUGUGGGAAAGUUGAACCGACUCGUAAUCCCUAAGCAGCAUGCGGAGAAACACUUCCCUUUGCAAACUGGAACUGCUUUUUCCAAAGAAGUUCUGUUAAACUUCGAAGAUGUGAGAGGAAAAGUUUGGAGGUUUAGGUAUUCAUAUUGGAACAGUAGCCAAAGUUAUGUCCUAACAAAAGGGUGGAGCCGCUUUGUUAAGGAGAAGAACCUUAACGCCGGUGACAUUGUUAGCUUUCAGAGAUCGACAGGUCCGGAGAAGCAGCUUUACAUUGACUGCAAGGCAAGAACCGGAUCCGUUUCGGGUUCGGCGAACCCCGCCGUACCGGUUCCAUUUGUCAGGCUAUUUGGGGUCAACAUAUUUAAUAUAUCUGGCGGUGGAGGUGAUAGUGUUGGUGGGUGUAAUGGGAAAAGAACAAGAGAAAUGGAGCUGUUGGAAUUAGAAUUCAGCAAGAAACAAAGAGUGAUUGAUGCUUUGUAACAUUACCUAAUUUUCCUUUUUUCUUAUGUUUAAUUUUGUUAAUGCUAAAGAGGGUUAGGAAAGGAAAGAAUAGUGGGUGUUGUUGCAACUUGCAAGUUGUAAAAGUUGAAUUGUAUAUUUCAAGACAGAAAGCAGAAAUUAGGUGUAAUACUUUAAAUCAGUUUUGUCUUGCUUUGAAACUCUUUUACUUCGAAUAUAUGAUCUUAAAACUCA